AUGAAUGCCAUUCCUGAGAACUACGGGAUUGUCAAAACAGCUGUCGGAGAAGCGAGAUUACAGCCAAUUCCCAUCCCACGACUUCGGGAUGAUCACAUUCUUGUCAAGACAAUAGCCGUUGCAAUAAAUCCCACAGAUUGGCAAACCAUAGAUGAAAAGUCUAGUCCAAGGACAAAGGGUCCCACGCUUUUAGGAUGUGAUUUUGCGGGGAUCGUGGUUGAGAUUGGCAAGGGUGUGAAUAAAGAAUGGAAGAAGGGGGAUAGAAUCGCGGGGAUAGCACAUGGAGGUAAUGACAUUGAGCCUGAGGAUGGAACAUUCGCCACAUACAUUGUAGUCAAAGGCGAUGUUGCAUUCUAUAUUCCGGAUAAUAUCAGUUUUGAGGAAGCUACAUCACUUGGCGUUGGAGUUACAACUGUUGCAUUGGGCUUCUACAAGUAUCUGUCUUUACCCCUCCUGACGUUUCCCCUUUCUAUGCUAAAUCCCGAGAGCAAAUUCUCGAUUUUGAUUUAUGGAGGAAGCUCUGCAACUGGAACAUUAGCUAUUCAAUUUGCGAAGCUAUCCGGGUUGCAAGUCUUCACCACGUCGUCACCAAGGAACUUUGAGCUGUUGAAAAGCUUAGGUGCAGAUCAUGUUUUAGACUAUCAUGAUCCCAACUGCGGAGCCGAAAUUCGCUCGCUUACUCAGAACAAACUUCACCACGUCUUUGAUACAAUAGCCACCCAAUCCAGCGCUCAAAUUUGUGCCGAUGCGCUGUCCACUUCUGGCGAAAAUAUUUAUGUAAAUUUCAUGGGUAUUGAAAUGCCCAGGGAUAAUGUUAAGAAUAUUUUCUUUCUCGGAUACUCGGUCACUGGCGAAGAGUACGAGAUUGAAGGUGAAGUAUGGGCAGUUGCACCUGAAGAUUUCGAACUUGGAAAAAGAGCUUUUGUACUAUUGGAAAUAUUGUUGGAGCAUGGACUGAUUAUAAAUCAUCCGGUGAAGAUAAUGAAUGGUGGCUUGAAGGGAAUAUUAGAAGGAACGAGAGAGAUGAAAGAGGGAAAUUUAAGCGGAGAGAAGUUGGUUUAUAGAGUUGGGGAACCCUGA